AUGUCUGCAGAAUUAUUAUCGAUAAUCAAUCAUACGGACAAUAAGAAUACAAGAGAACGAGAAACGAGAAAAAUUAAAAACUUGCUUAUCGGAGCGACCGGAAGCGUUGCCAGCAUCAAAAUACCGUUCUUAACGAAAGCCUUACUCGAGCUUGAUUCUAAUCUAUCAAUAAAAGUAUGCGCCACUACACACGCAUUACAUUUCUUUGAUCCAAUUACUUUGAAUUCGGAAACUGGAGUACAAGUUUUUACGGAUCAAGAUGAAUGGAAGGAUUGGAAUAAAAUAUCUGAUCCAAUAUUACACAUUGAAACAUGCAUUCUUCGUGCAUGGGAUUCUACUAGACCAGUAAUCGUUUGUCCGGCGAUGAAUACAAACAUGUGGAACCACCCGUUCACCGCAAAACAUUUGAAAGUACUUGAUGAUGAGUUGGGUUAUAUUGUUGUCCCGCCGAUAAGUGUAGGAGCAAUGGCGGAAUACAUGACAAUUGUGAAUUACGUGCAAGAAAAUUUAAUUUGA